AAAGAAGAACAUUUGCCUCUUAGAGAGGCUUUAAGGUACAAUAUUCAUUAAAAUUAAUAUUUAUUAAUAAAGAUUAAAUAUUUUUUAUUAGGCUUAGAAAUGUACAAAUGCUACGGUACAAGAAAAAUAAAAAGAGGCAGAAUAAUCGGCUGUUGUUCUGACGUGGCGUUUCUGCAUUGCGUCCUAUAACACGCCACACGAAGUUCAUCGCACGUAACCCGUCCUUUGACCUUUCCUAUAUAAACCCCUCAAUUUCAUUUUCCUUCCUUAAUUUUGAAACCCAAAAAAUUUAACGUUAAUGAAACAAAGCCAUGUCAUCAAGCUCAAGCACAGUCACCGGGGACGAUAAGUUCCUGCAACCGGAGACGGUCAUCGCCGGCGAUCACUCGGCUCCCAACAUGAGCACGGAAGCCAUCUCUUUCUCCUCUGGAAACCCUAGAAUCGAAGAGACACGGGGAGUUAUGCAUCUCUUCUCUAAUGACGCCGUUUCCACCCUUCCCGUUGAAAGGAAACCUCUUGUAUGUGUGCUAGGGGUGCCAAACCACAUGACAUAUGCUGAUUUCUGUCAAUUUUGUGCUUCAUUUAUCCAUCAUAUAUUGGAGAUGAGAAUCGUCAGGAACGAUGGCAUGGAGGAUCGCUAUAGUGUUUUAAUAAGAUUUGAUGGCCAAGACUCUACAGAUAAAUUCUACCAGCAUUUUAACAACAGACAAUUUAAUUCUCUCGAGGAAGAAGUCUGCCGUGUGCUUUUUACAGUGGAUGUGCAGUUCACGGGCUAUAGCGGUUCUCUUGACCAUGUACAGUCUCCCCCCGCAAGUUCAACUGAGCAGCCUUCGUGUCCCGUUUGUCUUGAGAGAUUAGACCAGGACACAAGUGGAAUUCUUACGACCAUCUGUAAUCAUUCUUUCCAUUGCUCCUGUAUUUCAAAAUGGACAGAUUCUUCUUGUCCAGUAUGCCGAUAUUGCCAGCAGCAGCCCGAAACAUCGACAUGUUUCAUAUGUCAGACUUCUGAGAAUCUUUGGAUUUGUGUUCUUUGUGGUUUUGUUGGCUGUGGAAGGUAUAAAAGGGGACAUGCUAUAAUACAUUGGAAAGAAACGCAACACUGCUAUUCUCUUGAAUUGGAAACGCAGCGUGUCUGGGAUUAUGUUGGUGACAAUUAUGUCCACCGACUAAUUCAAUCCAAAACUGAUGGCAAGCUGGUCGAAUUGAAAUCACAUUGUCUGCAUGCUAAUGAUGGCUGUGGAAGCUGUGACUGUGCAGAUUCUGGAAUUAGUGAGGCUAUUUUGAGCUGCAAAGCUGAGGUUAUUGUUAAUGAAUACAAUGAACUACUCCGCACCCAACUUGAGAACCAAAAAUUGUAUUAUGAGACUUUGCUUCAACAAGUCAAUGAAGAAACUGAGAGAGAAAUUGCAGAUGCUGUUAACAAGGCUGUCAUGCAAAAACGACAGAAGAUGCAGGCCAAGCUUGACAGAUGUGUGAAGGAACAGAAAUUUCUUGAGGAUCUCAACGAGAAUCUUUUGAAAAAUCAGGAGAUAUGGAAAGCAAAGCUAUUGGAAGUUGAAGAGAGGGAAAAGAAGGCUUUGAGGAUGAAGAAUGAUAAAAUCCAGGCCUUGGAGGAACAGCUUAGAGAUUUGAUGGCACACCUUGAAGCAGGCAAGGCAGUGGAGCAGUUGUCAAUAUCUGAUGAAAUCAAUGAUACCACCGUCUUGCCAAAAGCACUAGAGUCUUCUUCGAGGAAGGAAGAAAAAGAUUCUAAAAAUCAAACGAGCAGCUAGAAGGGUCGAUGAGCAAUGAGAAAAGCGGCUUCCAGAAAAUAGUGCCUCUUGUGUAAGAAUUACUUGUUCCUGCUCUACUUUACAGGUCGGUGGUUUAUUGGUCAGGGCUUAGCCCAUGUGUUCAGGCACUGUUUUUGGUCCUAGGUUACAGAUUGACCAAGGGAAGUCGCUGUAAAAAGUUGGGGGUUUCAA